AUGUCUUCAACAUCAGUGCAAUCCAAAGCUCCCACCAAUCUAGGUAUCAGAAAAUGCCGAUUGACAACAGUGGUUCGAAUGUCAAAGAAACUUCUCGGACGAAUUUGUCUUUAUAUUUGGAAGCUGCUGGCUGCCCCUCUUUGCAAAGUUGGAAACCGCAUUAUCUCUCGUUAUCAUAAAGUCGCUGAUGCUGAAGCUGCAAUUCGCGCUCUCAAGGCACAACUGAUUGCUCAACACAACAGCUUCGAGCAGGAACACAAGACUUACAAAGAUAGAGAGGCAAGACUACAACAACAGCUGGAUGAGUACAAGUCCAAAUUCCUGGAGCUUGAGGGGAAAAUGCCAUUUCUAAAGCAUUUAGCAAGAGUGGGCGCUGCUGUUCGUUGCCGUGCUCUGGAGCAUGCCGAGGGUCGUAGGAUCUUUGGGGAAGGAAAGGAUAAAUUUACGAAUAUUCGUGGAGAGGUCGAUAUGAAGGUUAUUAAGCAGGGAAACAUCGCUUGUCACUGGGGUGAUAUAAAAGCGGACUAUAGUCUCUAUCGAUUGGGACAUAAGCAUUUACAAACGUAUGAAGCAUUUUUUCACAACAUUUACGGGUUUAGACUGAGCCAACCCCUUUUCAUAUCUUUUACCUUAUCCAGUAAGGUCACAGAGGCUCUCAAUCUACGAGGUACAAUGUCAUUUUGUUUCUCAUUCACAGAUUCGACUAGAUCUACAAGCCACGAUGACCUCUUUUCUUCCUUGUUUCGGAAGGUAGGAAAUAUGGUCGAUGCGAUGAAUGCGCAUAAAAACCCGAGAUUGUUCGACAAAGACCUCAAGGUAGAAGAUAAUAUGAUUUUGAUGCGCAAGAUUGUAGAUGAAGUCAGCAUAUUAGACAAAAGAUGGAGAAACAGUCAUCGAGGUAUUGAAUAUAGCUUUUGA